UGGCGUGUAGAACUGCGCGCCAGUCUCAAUCUGCCCAGGGCGAGGGCAAGACGCACUGCAAGAACGCGCGCAAGUUCAGACGAGGCGUCUAAAGUGCACACAACAUCACUGUCUGCGCGGAAGAGCGUUACGCGAGUGCUCGACGUGAUAGGGGAAGAAAGAUCUCUAUCAAAAAGUGACUUCAUUUUCAACAACAGCCCUUUGGAGGACACCCACGAAAGAAAAGAAAGAAGACAGAGCGAGGAAGCUUUCAAGAGCGCGCUCGAAAGUUUUCCAUCCGGUCCGUUUUUUGUUUUCGUUUUAUUUAUUUUCCCCAAAAUGAAUGCCGGCGAAGAAAACUUGCUGAAAUCGAUCAGCAACGACACCCUGCUGGACCUGACGCAGCGCUACGGACAGUCCGCCUUCGGCUUCGGCGCUGGCCACGGUGCUGGGAGUCCUGCCCGCUUCUCCCUCACACCUGCCGCGGAUUUCCUCUCCGGUCAAACGGGAAAGUCAAACGAAAGUGGCGGAGAGCAGACCAGCGACGAAGACGACGGCUUCGACCACCUCGAGUCUCGAAAGAGAGGCGCGGGCUUCGACGAUGAUAAGCACCCGGGCGCUCUCGCCAAGAAGCCGAAGGAGCAGAGAUCUCUCCGGCUGAGCAUCAACGCGCGCGAGCGCAGACGCAUGCACGACCUCAAUGACGCGCUGGACGGCCUGAGGUCUGUGAUUCCCUACGCGCACAGUCCAUCCGUGAGAAAACUCUCUAAAAUCGCAACUUUGCUUCUUGCAAAAAACUACAUCCUAAUGCAGGCGCAGGCGCUGGAGGAAAUGCGCCGGUUGGUGGCUUAUCUAAACCAAGGACAGACUAUAACUUCGCCGAUUCCCACCUCGCUCGCGCCUUUCGGACAGGCGGCCGUGUAUCCGUUUUCGAGCACGGCAUUGGCCACCUGCGCGGAGAAAUGCAGCUCGUUCUCGGGGACCCCGUCCAAUCUGUUCAAACACUGCAACGACAAGCCUUGACUUCCACGGGCUGAACUCUUCCUGCUUCAUCCUUAUGUUGGUCUGAAUUGGAAUGGUUUUGUUGGGAAUGAGCUUAGGUCUGAUUCAAAAGCCCUACGUGUCUAAAUAACUACGAUGUGUCAUCCUGAUUUAUUAGAUAAUACAUACAACAAAAUGUUAACUGAGGCACACAGUAUUACUGGAAUAAGCUUUUAAACCCCUCAAUUUCUAAAGCCUUUUUUGCUUCCCCCCCAAGGAUUAAACAUGAUUAUUUGUGUGAAAAACAAACAAACAUUAAGAAAUUCUAUGUUACUUGCUCACAGCUUGCGGAGGAUUUAUUUCUUAAUUCAAACCUUUUCACUUUCGUUGUUGGUGAACUAUGCAAUUUACUGCAAUUUCCCACACUACAAUAAUUGCUUAACCUGCUUGUCAGAAAUUAAUAAACGGAAGAUGAACUGUCUCACCUCCAUCAGUGUAUUAAAGCGGUGUAACAUUCUCAAAUGUUUGGCCUAAAAAGAUUUUGUUUUUGUUAUUGCACAAUUCACUUGAUUGUAUUGUACAACUGUGAAGAACUACUUGAUCAAACCUACAAAGCAUUUGGUCUCGUUGCGACAUGAGUUUCAUACUGUAUAGCCUAUUGUUUAUAUGUCUUUAUAAUUAAAACAUAUAUCUAUGA